AUGUCGUUUCGUGAUUAUUGGAGUCGUGAUGAUGGUCCUGAUGAUGACAAGCUUGUGAGUGCGCACGGAAGACCGAUUAAUGUCAUGAUCAAGAUGGAUGAUGAUACAAUAAUAACGGGCUCACAAGACCAUUCGGCAAAAGUAAUUAAAGUUUCAAAAGCAAAGGUUGAACGAGAGUUGUAUUCAAAGGCAUAUGGUCAUAAAGAGUGGGUAACAGCACUUGCCUACAGCGAUGUAACUGGAAAAAUCAUCACUGGAGGAAUGGAUAGUAAAUUAUGUGUUUGGGAAAGUAAAGGACCAGUGAAAUGUGUCGAUUUACUGGGACAUUCGGGCAGCAUUUCUCAAAUUUCUUGUUCUCCCAAUCUCCCAAUUGCAGUCUCUUCGAGUUACGAUAAAUCAAUGAAAAUUUGGAAUUUGCAAAAUAAUACAUGCAUGAACACUUUGAUCAAUUCGAAACUAGGUCACGACAAGGCCAUUAAAACAAUUUUGUGGAAUAAUUCUCUGAUAUGCAGCGGAGGAAGGGAUGGAUUGGUAUGCAUGUGGGACAUACAAAAUGGAGAUUUAAUAUCUGUAGGAGAUGAACAUAAGGCACCGGUGCAAUGUUUGGUCGCCGAUGAAAGCAGAGAAACAAUAUUGAGUGGAGGAAUGGACGGUUCCAUUCAAAUAUGGGAUCUGAGGACAGCCAAUAAUGUCGGAGGAGUUGAAAAUGUCAUACGAGGUAGUAUAAACGAUGUCAAGUUAGCAAAUGAGAACAUGUUGGUGGUGGGAGGAAGCGACAAGACCAUUCGAGUUUUGGAUCCAAGAAAGAAUUACGCUCAGGUCAUUUCUAUUAAGGACCAUGUUGGUGUGAUCAUGCAGUUACAAGUGGUGGACGACUUGUUACUGAGUUGUGCCAGCAAUGGUUGGGUACUCGUUCAUGAUUUGACCAAUAAUGGAGUUUGUAUGUACGGAGUAGGAGCAAGUGAAGCAGCCUCAGCAUGCAACUGUAUUGUGGCCAUGGAGCCAUAUUAUUUGUGUGCAGCCGGUGAUGACGGGAAUGUCAUUAUCUUUAAUUCCAAGUAA